AAAUUAUGACUUCUUUCCAAGUCUCAUCAAAUAUGAUUGGUUGUUUACAAAUAUUUAAUGUCUAUAUCCUUAUAUGAUUGGUUACUUGAAUAUAGCAGAGUAUAACUACCAUACAAUGUCGCGUGUUGAGUCUCUGCUGAUCACAAUAUUAACACAUCGACUUUCCUUUCUUUACAAGUGCGCUUCAUCUCAGACGUGUAUUAAUGUUGGUAUAAUACACUUAUAGUCAAAGUUUUUAAUUUUUAUAAAAAUAUUUAACAAAACAAACGAUUAAAAAAUUGUAAUAUACGUGCAUAUCAUUUCAAAUAUUAUUGUUGGGUAAAAAAGCACGGACCAAAAUGGGCAUACCCAAAUUUUUUAGAUAUAUAAGCGAAAGAUAUCCUUGUCUAAGUGAAAUGUUGAAAAAUUAUCAGAUUCCAGAAUUCGAUAAUUUAUAUUUAGAUAUGAAUGGUAUCAUACAUGCUUGUUCACAUCCAAAUGAUAGUGAUAUAAAUUUUCAAAUUACAAAUGAUGAAAUUUAUAACAAUAUAUUUCAUUAUAUUGAGAUAUUGUUUGGUAUGAUUCAACCUCAAAAGUUAUUUUUUAUUGCAAUUGAUGGUGUAGCCCCAAGAGCCAAAAUUAAUCAACAAAGAGCCCGUCGUUUUAGAACUGCUAAAGCAACAGAACUAUUAGAGGCUGCAGCAAAAGCAGAUGGUGUUGAAGUAACACCACAAUUAUUUGAUUCUAAUUGUAUUACACCAGGAACAGUUUUUAUGUCUGAAAUUAGUAAGCGAUUAAGAUAUUUUAUUACGUACAAAGUCUCAACAGAUAAACUUUGGCAAAAAUGCAAGAUUUUAUUUAGUGGUCCAGAGGUUGUAGGAGAAGGAGAACAUAAAAUAAUGGAUUAUAUACGACAUUUAAAAUCACAAGUAGACUAUGAUCCUAAUAUUAGGCAUUGCUUAUAUGGCCUAGAUGCAGAUUUAAUCAUGUUAGGUCUUUGUACACAUGAACGUAAUUUUUCAUUACUAAGAGAAGAAAUAAAAUUUGGCAAGAAACAAAAAAAGGUUUUAACACCUGAGGAAACAAAAUUUUGUCUUCUUCAUCUAUCAUUAUUAAGGGAAUAUUUAAGUCAUGAAUUUUCUCCUAUUAAAGAUAAAUUGCCUUUUCCUUUUGAUAUUGAACAUAUAAUCGAUGAUUGGGUAUUAAUGGGUUUUCUUGUGGGAAAUGACUUUAUACCUAAUUUACCAAAUUUACAUAUUGCAAAUGGGGCAUUACCAAUUUUGUAUCAUGCAUAUAUGGAAGUUCUACCAACUUUAGAAGGUUAUAUAAAUGAAUCAGGAACACUAAGAUUAGAUCGUUUUGAAAUAUUCAUGGAACGACUAAGUCGCAUUGACAUAAAGAAUUUUGCAGACUAUUACUGUGAUCUCAAAUAUUUAGAAGCUAAAAUAAAUAAAAAUAAGACUACAGAAAAUGAAGAACAAAUUUCUCAAAAAAACGAGGAUUUAUCUAAAAAUUGUUUUCCUUUAAUAAAAGUAGGCAAUUUACUAAAAUUAUCCAUGAAUAUGGAAAUGCAAGAUGCAGAAGAAGAAAAAAAAAAAUAUUCUCGUGAUGAUGGAUUAAAUUAUGAAUCUGAUAGUGAUACAUAUAAUAUGGAAUUUAUUUUACACAAACGAGAUUAUUACAUGAAUAAAUUAGAAUAUGAAGAUGUUAAUGAAGAUGUUUUGCGCUCCCAAGCAGAAUGCUAUGUUAGAGCUAUUCAGUGGAAUUUGCAUUACUAUUAUGAUGGAUGCUGCAGUUGGUCUUGGUAUUAUCCACACCAUUAUGCUCCAUAUAUCUCGGAUAUAAAAGGUUUUAAAGACUUAAAAUUGGAUUUUGAAUUGGGAGAACCAUUCCAACCUUUUCAACAAUUAUUAGCAGUAUUACCGCCUUAUAGUAAAAAAUUACUACCAGAAGCAUUGCAAUCAUUAUUAACUGAAGAACAAUCACCUAUUAUUGAUUAUUAUCCUUCUGAGUUUAAAACUGAUUUAAAUGGCAAGAAACAAGACUGGGAAGCUAUUGUACUUAUACCAUUUAUUGAUGAAAAAAUUUUAAUGAAGGCCAUGGAGCCCUAUUAUACAAAAUUGACAGUUGAAGAACAUGAAAGAAAUAAACAUGGUCCAAUGUAUAUGUAUUCAUAUGAUAAAGAGAUAUUAGGUUUAUGCCAUACACCUAGAAAUUUACCUGUAACUGAGAAUCAUGCUCAAGUGAAAAUAAUAAAUUGUGAAGAUAUCUAUGUUCCUAAAGACAAAUUAGUAAAAGGAUUACAUCCACGUAUUAAAUUAGAUUUACAUUUUCCUGGAUUUCCCACUCUAAAAUAUAUAAAACAUACAGCAAAUUUAAAGAAAGCUAAGGUGAAAGUAUUUGAACAACCAUCAAGAGGUGAAAAUAUGAUUUUAUAUAUACAACAACAAGAAGAACCAAAUUUAAAACAACUUGCUGCCUCUUUAUUACAUAAAAACAUCUUUGUGGAGUGGCCUUAUCUACGAGAAGCUCAUGUUGUUGGUAUAUCUAAUCUUAAAUGGAGAAUAAAUUUAAAGAAUCCACAAAUAGGAUAUUCUUCUGACAAUAUAGUGGAGGAAGAAUUAAAAGGAGCUUGUGCAGUUCAAUGGACUUCGGAAAUAAAAUCUAUUGUUGAAACGUAUAAAAAUCGUUUUGGUAUAGACGUUGGCAAAACUAAUAUUUUGGUCCAUGCACAACCAUUAAUAGGCAGUAAAUACAUUUUUGCAGCACAAGGAAAACUGUCUCUAGAAAAACAGUGGCAAGAAGUGCCAACGUUUUAUGCUUAUCAAACUAUAGUUAAAGAUAUUUCUACAUAUUGUAUAAAUCCCUUAUUGUAUAAAACAAUUGAUGAAAUAUUUGUACCAGGAAAUAAUUGCUUCAUGUUAGGCCAUCCACAUUAUGGUGCAAUGGGAGAGGUUAUUAGUUCAAAGACUAGUAUAAACUCUGGCAGGAUAAAAAUAUAUGUGAAAGUUGUAAUUGAACCAGAUUUAACUAUGGUGAAACAAGCAUAUGCAGAAUCAAAAAUACAAUAUAUUUAUGGAAGUACAGCUGCUCAGCGACUAGGAAUAAGCAGCCAUCUUUUAAGUAGAAUUACUGGGACAAUUUAUAUUAUGCAGAACAAUAUAAACGAAAUUAUUAACGUCGGAUUAAAUCUAAAAUUUAAUAAAAAGAAUGAAGAAAUACCAGGCUAUACCAAAAAAGAAAAUGGUCAAUGGUUGUAUAGUACAAAAGCUGUUGAUCUUAUACGUGAUUAUAUGGCAAAGUGCCCCCGUUUGUUUGAACGAUUGGCUCAAAAUAUUACAAAUGAUGUUUUUAAUGAAGAUGAAUUAUUUGAUAAAUCAUCAAGUGAAUUAAGUAGUAUAAUAGCUUGGUUAAAAGAGCAACAUUUCCGAGGAGUAGAGAGUCGUGCAUGUGGAGCAAAUAUACUCGAAGCAGAUAUAGUACAAAAACUAGAAAAAGAAGUGGACAGAUAUUAUGAAAUGUAUAAUGAUUCAAACAAAGUAGUCGUAAUGCAAGUGAAGCCACAAUUACUUUUUAAACCUGAACUAUAUUCACGUCAGCUUCCACCCGAUCCAAAAUCUCAUACAAAACUAUUCGAUAGAAUUGUUUGUAUCAGAGGAAGCUUUACUGUACCUAUUGGUUAUAAAGGAACUAUUAUAGGAAUUCAGAAAACGAAGGCAAUUAUAGAAAGUGUUUAUGAUGUCUUAUUUGAUAAAUCAUUUUUAGGUGGACUAACGUUCAAUGGAUGUUCCGAGCAUCGUGGAUAUAAGUUAUCAAUUACUGACUUUAUUAAUAUUAGUCAUGGCGAACGAAUAGAACGUGGAAAAUCGGGGGUAGAAAAUACAUCCAUUGAAACAACAGAUUCUUGGAGACGAUAUCAAAAUGCAAAAAAUCAAGUACACAGUGGUGUUAAACCCAUAACACAACAUAAGCCUUCCUACGAAUUACAACAUGCUUCGAAACAACUAUCCUCCGAAUUUCAGCAAUUAUGGAAUGACUUGCAUAAAAUAGAGGAUUCAAGCGGAUCUUCGAAAACUUCAACCAUGACUAUCGUAAAAUCUAAUGAAAUCAGUAAACAAAACAGUAAACAAAUAUCACAAGAUCCCAGCGCUUUUUUGAAAGAAGUGCUGAAAAUUUCUGAUGACAACACGCUGAUAAAUUUGCCAACUAAAUCAAGUGGUACUUCCGCGAAUAAAAAUCAAUCCCAAAUCCAUAAAUCAUCGGAUGCCCCACCAUUAGUUCAAAAGUUAUUUGAUUACGCUAGACAAAAGAGAAACGAGGCAAAAGACGAAAAAAAUUCUAUUUGGUAUUGUUCACACUUAUUAAAUCAUUAUCAAAUACUUGGUAUGGGUCUACCAAGAUAUGAUUAUUUUUUAAAUGAACAAACGAAUUUGAUACAAGCUCAAAUUCUUCUACCAGAUGCAAAAGUAUAUUUAGGUGAUCCUUGUUUGACUCAUGCACAAGCAGCAGAAAAUGCAGCAAGAAAAGUAUAUGAGGAAUUAAAUUUAGAUAAAGUACAGAAGCCUGAUAUGAAACUUUUAUUAAAACCUCCGUCGCAACAAUGGGUCAAUAUGCGGCAAAAUAGUUCCUGGUCACAAAACAUAAGACCUCCCAUGGUAUUACCAUAUAUAUCGAAACCUUAUCAAACUACUGAAAAUCCAGUGGCACAUUGUUCAAAAUGGAAUGUGAAAAUGCAACAAAAUCCAGGAUUUGCCCAUAUGCCACCUCAUAAUAGUCAAAUUAAAGUACAGACGAAACAGAAGACAAAAGAAUCUAAAUCGGAAGUAAAAAACAGUACAUCGUUCGUACCGUUGCAAGCCCAAAAGAAAAGUAGAAACGUUAAUACAAAACAAACUAACAAAGAAACAACGCAGAAUCAUGCAAACAAUACUCAGUCGAGUAAACAAUCAGCAAAGCAACAAGAGAAGAAAGAAACAACAUUCCCUAAGCCUCCAAAAACAUCAAACAAAACUAUUGAGAAAGAAGCACGUGUACAAAACAAUUUACAAUCAUCGCCAAAAUUACAAAAAUCUGAACGACCUAAACGGUCACGCGUUGCUGCCAAAUUUGUUUCACCUCCAGCGACAAAUGGAAGUGAACAGUAAAGACUUUAAUUCAAGGGGUUUAGGGUUACGUAAUGUAUGUAGAUAUAGUUGUAUUUAUCCAAUAGAACUCAUUCUUUUUUUUUCUGCAAGAUGUGUAAUGCAUUAUCGAUGACUCAUUUCUUUCAGCGAUUCUUAUAAAACAUUUCUUUGUCUCAUUUUAAAGUCUCAGUAUACAAAUUAAAGUUCUCCGUCCGAAUGCGUAUGCUUGUACGGUAACUAUUUGUAAACAGAGGUUUAAAAAUGCUCAUAUGGUAACACAAUUUAGUUAUUGUAUUAUAUGUAACAGUAAGGAAGUAUAUGUGAUUUUUUGUCAUUCAUAAAUAACAUAUAUUUUACGUUAAAUCAACAUUCAUUGCUUUUAGGAAAUAUUUACAAAAAUUGUAAUUACGAAAACAAUCAUAUUUUAGUUAGAAUUUGUAUCAAUGAGAAUGUAAUUAUUAUUAUAUAUAUGUAAUUAAAACUUUUAUUUUAUGUAUUAUAAACAAUGAGAUUAAUGAGAGUAGUCUUAAUUCAGACUAUCGAUAUUUUCGUUUCUGGCAUGUAAUGGAUAAAAAAAGAAGAUCAAGAUAAAUUUUACAUUUAAUACUUUGAGAUUAUUUGAAUGUAAAAAAUUUAUAAUAUAUGAUCUCUACAAAUUGCAGAAUA